AUGGGCAAUCACGGAAACUCGAUCCCGUGCCCGCUAAGUCAGGCCAUCAACAAGCGUUCACGAAAGACAAAAGGCAAUGCUGAGAUCGAGCUCGACGAGAUCAAUCGACUUGAAGAUGAAUGGGCAGAUAAACGAUGUACGAAGCUCAGGAAAGUCAUUUUGAAUCCUCCGUUGAAUACAAACGAAGCCAGUACAUCAAAUGAAACAAAUAACCUUGAAGUUGAAGAUGAAAACACCGGUCCUGCCUCACCUAAUCAUUUUAAUCUUGAUUACAACAUGUUUCCUGAUGAAGACGACCCGCCGCCAAGUCCCAGUGAAAAUGAGUCCGACGCUUCCGAAGAAAACGACGAGGUGGUUCGGCAUAUAACUAGUGUAUCCUACCAACAAAGGCGAGUACGGGAGGAGUUGCAAUGGCGUCAAAACCUCACUCCGAUGUUUGUAGCUUUCAUGGAAGCCAGCAAAAUGACUUUGCAGUGGGGAACAGCGUCCUGGAACAUUGACUGGAAACCAGAAUGCGGCUGCUCUACUGCCAAGAAGAGAACUCGGCCUGUGGAUGUUGUGGACAUAUUCAGUAUGUAUCAAUUAGUCCUGAUCCUUAUGUACCACAACUAA